UCCACUUCAAAACGAUAUGGCUCCUCUCUCCUUCUUUCUUUGCUUUCUGGCCACCAUCGUUCUCUGCACUGCUUAUGCUUCUGCAGCUGCUACUCUACACCUUGAUGGGGAACUACCAAAUGGACACUUCGAAGAAUCACCCAGUUCCUCAAACCUAAAGAAAACAGUCAUCGUCGGGAAACACUCACUCCCAAAGUGGGAAAUCGACGGCCUGGUCGAGUACAUCGCAGGUGGGCCUCAGCCAGGUGGCUUCUACUUUCCGGUGGCGCGUGGCGUCCACGCCGUGAGGCUCGGCAACGAGGCCUCCAUUUCUCAGAACGUCAAUGUCAACCCGGGUUCGGUCUACUCUCUCACUUUUGGCACCACAAGAACUUGUGCUCAAGACGAGGUGCUCAAGGUCUCGGUGCCGGGUCAGUCUGCAGAGCUUUCCAUACAGACUCUGUUCAGCAGCGAUGGGGGUGACACUUAUGCAUGGGCCUUUAAGGCAACUUCCAAGGUUGUUAGGGUUACGUUCCACAACCCUGGGAUUCAAGAGGACCCCGCUUGUGGUCCUCUAUUGGAUGCUAUUGCAAUCAAGGAGAUCAUACUUCCUCAGAAGUAUAUAAGAGGUAAUUUAGUCAAAAAUGGUGGCUUUGAAAACGGUCCUCAUGUAUUCAAGAAUUUCUCAACCGGAGUCCUCCUCCCUCCAAAGUUACUGGACCAAAUCUCACCGCUGCCUGGAUGGAUCAUCGAAUCCCUAAAGCCUGUGAAGUACAUUGACAGGAAGCACUUCUCAGUUCCAGUCGGAUUCGCAGCAAUUGAAUUGGUUGCAGGAAGGGAGAGUGCCAUUGCUCAAAUUAUUAGAACAAUCCCAAACAAAUCCUACAACCUUACCUUCACCAUUGGGGAUGCAAAGAACGGUUGUCAUGGAUCAAUGAUGGUUGAAGCCUUCGCUGGUAAGGAAACCCUAAAAGUUCCUUAUGUGUCUCAAGGCAAGGGUGGAUAUAGAACUGCAAGCUUCAAGUUCCAAGCAGUUUCCCCAAGAACUAGAAUAACAUUUUACAGUGCAUACUAUCACACAAAGCUUCAUGAUUUUGGUCAUAUGUGUGGCCCUGUCCUAGACAAUGUCAUUGUCUUUCCAACUAGAUAUUAAUAGCUUUUAUUUUUGGAGGCGAUUGGACCCGACUGGUUUUCUAUAUUAUUGUUCGAGUACAAGAUCUUGAAAUAUGAGUAGGUUGUGCUUAUUUCAAUGCACAUUUGGCUUCUCAA